AUGAUUAUUAAGAAAAGGUUAUUGGCCAUUGCAAAUAAAAUAUAUACUGUUAUUCCAGAAACAGGCUCUUACAAAGUUUACGAUGCAGAAGACUGGUCCACAACAACUGCUGCUGCAAUAACUCCCUCAAAUAAUAUUUAUUUAACUACAGCGUAUGGCAAUCUUUGGGAAAUCUCAUUAAAUGAUGAUGGUGCCAGAAGAAGAGUUGAUAAAGGUGGCUGGGAUGCAUGCAAUGUGUUAAUUUCAAUUAAAUCUCCAGGAACUUUAGAAAAUAAAUUAUUUUCAUUUUGCGAUAAACUUUGGUUGGUUGAUCAAAAGGUUGGCAGUUGUAUAGAUUUUUCUGGUGGAUCCAGUGAUGAUGAUUGGUCAGAAGUAGAUGUCGCUACCAGUAUUAAUGAUAAAAUAUAUUUUACAACUUCAAAUAAUUUAUGGUGCAUUGAUACUUCAAAAAAUUAUAAACCUGAAAAAAUAGGCAAUGAUGACGAUUGGUCAAAUUGUAAAGCAUUGGUUAAUGUCAACGGAAUGUUGUUAGCGUUUUGUCAUUGGUUGUGGGAAGUUGACGUGGAAACUGGAGAAUGUAAAUUAACCUGGCUCGAUGUUAAAUGUGCUGCUGUAAUUGAUACAAAGGUUUAUUUGGUUGGAGGUAGUGAAUUAUUAGAAUUAGAUACCGUUAAAAGAGCAGUUAGAGUAGUUAGUGACGAGGACUGGAGUGAAACUAAAGCUUUAAUUGCUAUUAAUAUUUAA